AACGCUGCAAUUUCUAAUCGUAUAAAUUCGUGCUAUUUCGUUUUCUUCGUAAAGUGAUAAAAAAUCAAACGCGACAAGUUUUCCCAUAGUUCUGAGAAAGCAAUUUCCUUGCUGGAAUGGUUACGUAAUGAAAUAUUAUUCAAAAGUAUAUAAAUACUGCCAGAGAUGGCGUCGAAAGUAUAUAGCGUAGGACACACGUAGGACACUGCGGCACGAAUAAUUCAAAAGGUAGAACGAAAAUGCUGUAUUAUACUCUUUUACGACGCGAGUAUAGAACAGAACGUCGAGAGUUUGAGGAGGGAAGCGUAUCGCACAGAGACCGCCAUAGGCAGAGAUCGGCCCCACUCUUGUCGAUAUUGCGUUGACGUCACAGUGGGCACGAAUCGGCGGCUUCCCUGCUCGUUGGGUUGUCUGGCCGCACUAUACACUACACACCCUUUAAGCAGUGUCGAAACGUCGACGCCACAGGAGCUCGUUUACCACGGCUCACGCGCCCGCGUCUCUACCUGAACAGGUGUGUUUGUGUGCUCGUGGCGGUUUAACGACCGCGUGUUGUUACUUCGUUUUUUUCAUCACUACAAUAAACGUGUGCGCCAUUUUUAUUAAGAACAAAACAUCGACACGGAGCUAUUUGGAUUUUUUCAAAAUGGCAUCUGCGAAAAUCGUUUUCGAGUGUUUCACUCUUUUCAUCGUAUCAACACUUUUUGUCGUACCAGCCGCUGGCAUCUAUUGCUAUCAGUGCGUUAGUACGAACAACGAAUACCCCUUUCAGUGCAACGAGUUUUUGACGAGCGAUAUUGACAUGGAGCCAAAGUCGUGCGACGCGGUUCACGGGGCCAAAUUUUGCGUCAAACACGUUGGAAGAUUCGAGGUGCUGGGCAUAAAUUGCUACCAAUGUACAUCAGCCAACGAAUGGAAAUGCAUGGACAGCGAACUGGUGGAAAAUUCAUUGGAAUUGAAAAGCUGCGAUCACGUUUUCGAGGCGCAGUACUGUAUCAAGACGAUCGGGAGAUACGGAGAUGGCGUGGGAACGAAGAGAUUCUGUUCGUCAGCUGAUUUGGGAAAUUACUGUCAGACCGUGCAGCAAGUCGGGGAUGAGAGGCCCUACAGAACGUGCCUCUACACUUGUAAUACCGACGGUUGCAAUCCAGGCUCGAUGCCAAAGCCGAAUUCCAUAACGACAGCAAUCAGUUUGACGUUGUUAUUCCUGCUGAGAUGGACGAGAUGAGCGACUCGUGAAAAAGCGAAAGAAAGUAAAUUAUUCUCUUUUGCAAAGAGAUUAUUCCGUCCCAUUAGCAUAUUCACGCGGCUCCAAGAGUCGAACAUUCCAAUUACGAGAUUUUUCAUCGUAGAUCGUAAAAAGCAAACGUCCAUGUAUUAGUUAUUUCUAAUUAUUCCGUCCCAAUGUAAUGCAAAUACCUGAAUCUCGCGAAAGAAAGCGCUUUUUUUUUUAUCUUUUUUUGUAUUUGUAUUUUAGAAAAAUAAGACUAAAACUAGAGUAGCAAUACUUUCUUAGCCCACGCAUUUAUAACUUUUUCGAUUUUUAAAUGUAUUUUUAUUUGUACGAUGGAAAAUAUUUUUGUUUGAGUACCUCGUUAAAUUUUGAAAUCUGUUCGAGCGUAAACGAUCAUUGUAUUUAUGACUUUUAACGAAUAGAAAAGUUCGAAAGUCGCAAUGGCUAUGACAAGUUGCUUUGAAGUUUCUGUUCAUGAAAUCGAGCACUCAAAACUCUACGAAAAUCUCCCGAAGUUCGAUCAACGUUUAAAGAGUCGAAGAAGUGUUGUCGAUACGGAGAAAAGCGAGAAAAAAAACACUCCAUUGUCCGAUAAUAUUUCUGCGUUUAUUUAAACAAGCUACAGUAAGAUAAAAAAGUUCUCCAAAUAUCUCAAUCCUACGACGUGUAUACCACUACGAUUACAAAUAACGUUACAAAGAUUAUUCAUCUUAGAUUCGAAUUACGAUCAAAAAUGUACUCCGGUAGUUUCUUCCUUUUUUUCUUGUUGUUUCAAUUUGUUUUUCGUUUAGUUUUCAAUAAUACGUUCGUGUCGGGGUGUGCAGGCACAAUAUUUCGAUUUACCAGGACAAAAAUAACACUCGAAUUACACUAUUAUCUCGUAUUUCAGCGUAGCACGUAUCUUUGGCAUUACAUAUAUGUCGCAUAUGUAUUGAAGGCAAUCUUAAGGUAUAUCGACCAACGAUUUGUUCAUUUAAUAUUUCGUAAAGAUUUAUACAUAUAUUUAUGUAUGUGAAUGUAUAUAGAUAUAGAUCGUUUAACUUGCCUUUUCAAACGAAUGAUAUUGACAUUGCAAUAUUGGUAGCGCACCACUAGUAUGAAUUUGUGUGGAAUGAGAUUGAACAAGCGAAACGUAAAGACGAUUUUGUUCCGUUGUUUCCGAGCGGAAUACGAAAAUUUAUGUACGCGAUAAGCACGCCAAAGGUUCGCAUGAUAUUUGUAGAAAUCAAACGAAAAUGGGAAAGAACAGAGGGGCUAUUCGUUUUUUUUAAUAAAAAUAUGCUACGUAUAAAUA